GACGUCGUAAAGCGGGUAAAAAACUAUCUUCAAGCAACUUUAAAAUCUGAACUUGAGAACCGUUUUGGACCCUACACAAAGCUUUUCGUGCGCUGCGUUUAUCCGCGAAAGUGAAAAUUGUGGGUCCAUUAUUUCAGCUUCAAAAUCCCAACAAGUUUCACUUUCCACUCGACACUUCUGAAAGCAUCUCGUUGUCGUUAGUGCAGCGAUAGCUAAAAGAAAACAGAACCUAGCCAGGUUGGUUGCAGCCAGAAAUAUUUCUUAAUCAGAUUUGUGGUGGCUCUAAUCAUCGGGAAAUGUUUUCUUGCUUCGAGGUAAAAAGUGCAUAAGAAAGACGUAAAUGAAGCAAACCUAUGACCAUGAAAACGUGAAAAGCCUCUCGAGAAGGUAAACACAAAAGUGAACAGUUCGGGAUGCCAGUUGAGCCGGUGAAGUGUUAAACGCUGGCCUACCAGCGAGCGCAGAGAUCCGUGAAAAAUGCAAAUCACAGCGCUGGUGGCAACUUGCCGGUGAGUGCCUAAGAACCAUCCAAGCGUCUAAGCAAGUGCAAAAUGGCUUUCCUCCUGACAUUCACGCUUAUCUUCACGCUACGCGGAUCAUCUACUUCUUACCCAUCCACCGUGUCGGCGGCAGCAUCGCAACAUCAAAGUUCAGAAUGUGGGGUUCGACCAGUUCGUCGUCAACCAAGGAACUUCAAACCCAACCAGUUCUACUACAACGACCGCAUACCGAAAAUAAUCGCUGGAAGUCCGACCCGAGAAGGCCAAUUUCCGUGGCAGGCAUCGCUCGAACUUCUACAUCCUUCAAUGGGAUUCCUAGGCCACUGGUGCGGAGGAGUUCUCAUCGAUCAGUACUGGAUCCUCUCAGCAGCGCACUGUGUUCAUAAUGACCUGUUCAAUCUACCCCUACCACCACUCUGGACGGUUGUGCUGGGCGAGUACGAUCGUGUCGUAGAGUCCGGCUAUGAACAACGAAUACCUGUUGAGAAAAUCGUCCUUCAUCAAAACUAUCAUAAUUUUCUGCACGAUUUGGUGCUGAUGAAGUUAUCCACGCCAGCAGACAUGUCCUGGUCCUCGAACAUACGAAAAAUUUGUCUGCCGUUUGUAUUCGAUGAGAACACCCAAUCGAGCUUGGAGCAGAGCCAGCAGGACAGUCAAAUUGAUGAUUUCGGGGCCCUAGAGAAGGACGACAAUUUUCUACGAAAGGUCCGAAUCAGACAUAAGAACUUUACAUUGCCAAGCAUGAAGGAGUUACUUAGUACAAAGAUAUCCGGACUAAUGCACAGAAGCAUGAAUAGUCGACGGGGACGGGAAUUCCCGCCGAAGCGACGAAAUGAUAAACUCAUGGCCGGAUUCGGAGAUGAGUUAUACGAGGCGAAGCAUGAAAGUGUCCAAGAGGUGAAGGACCUCCCUUAUAUUGAUUGCGUUGCGACAGGAUGGGGGAAGUCAAACAUAAGCGGCGAUAUUACGGAUAUCCUGCUCAAAACAGAUGUUCCCCUACACAGUAGUGCGAGAUGCCGGGAAGCUUACGGAACGUUUGUUCGUGUUCAUAGAGGACACCUAUGUGCUGGAAAGCUGAAUGGUAAAGGUGGAACAUGUGUGGGUGAUUCAGGAGGGCCAUUACAAUGUCGUCUGACGAAGAAUGGGCCAUGGAUUCUGGCCGGAGUCACCUCGUUUGGAUCUGGUUGUGCACUUGAGGGAUUUCCGGAUGUGUAUACAAGGACGUCAUAUUAUAUGAAAUGGAUUCAGGAUACAAUUACCAGCGACUAAAUAAGAUUAGAGUUGUUAGACAUACAUAAAGAGAUUAUCAAUUGUUAGGCAGUUUCUGUAUAAAAAUGUGUUUGUUUAAAUGAUGUGAUAUUUAAGAUAAUUCUGUUUUCGUUUUUGUUUUUAGAUAUUUAAAUAUUUUAUG